UGACGCUGACGGCAAUGACGUCGUCUCGCAAAAGCGAUCCAUAAUCCACGAUGGAUAUCCAUCAUGACAGGUUUUCCCCUGCGAGGUACGCAUCGAUGCGUACCUGCCAAGUCAAAAUCGUUUGAAUGUCCUUCGAGCCAUCGGUAGAGAGCAGAAAGAGACAAAUUAGCCGAUGAUUUCUCCCGAGAUUCUAGCAUUAGUGCGUGACUCAUAGGAUUUACUAUCUCCUCACCGGGUUCAUUUCUUCUUCAUAUCGUCUUGUCUUAUCUCACAGCGUACGUACUACGCAGUGGGAGCGGGUAUAUCUCUUCUAUUCUGAAGAUCGAUUGUUGAACGGUUCCAUUAUUCCACUGGCGUUGUGUACGACUGCCUGAGCAACGGUGCUUCCUACAUACCAAUCAAUAUGCCUCCUAUCAUCCAUUGCGUCCGCCACGCCCAGGCAAUCCACAAUCUCUCUGUCGCAAACCACGUUAUCCCCGAUCCCAUCCUCACAGAUCUGGGCAACGAACAAUGCCGCAAGCUCCGUGAGAAGUUUCCUUACCAUUCCGACGUGGAAUUGGUCGUCUCCUCGCCCCUGCGUCGCACGAUCGCCACAAGCCUCCAGGGCUUCGAGCCCGUCUUCCAGUCGCGGGAGGGGCUGAAGUUGAUCGUUCAUCCGGAUCUCCAGGAGACGAGCGAUGUUCCCUGUGAUACGGGGAGUAAUCCGGAGGUUUUGAGGGAGGAGAUUGAGAAGGGUGGGCUUCCGGUUGAUUUGGGGUUGCUGUUUGAUGGGUGGAACAGUAAGAAAGGACCGUAUGCGCCUACCAACAAGGAGAUCAAGAAUCGAGCCCGUGCUGCCCGUCGGUGGCUGAAGGCACGGCCGGAAAAGGUGAUUGUUGUCGUUACCCAUGGUGGAUUCUUGCACUAUUUCACCGAGGACUGGGAGGAUAGCAGUGAAUACCAGGGUAUGGUCGUCCAUCCUUUACAUGGUCCUACUACGACUUUGUUUACUCACACUCGUUCGAAGGGACCGGCUGGGCCAAUACCGAAUUCCGCACGUUCGAGUUUGCCGAUGUCGAGCAUAAAGAUGAUCUGGAAGGCUACGGGUUGGACGGUGACAACGCUACGUUGAUCGAGACGGUUGAAUCUCGCCGACGUCGUGGGAAGGAUGGCACAACACCCAGCCGUGAGCAGCAGAAGGUUCUGUACAAGCUUGGGGUUCAGGGCUGGGAUAACCAGGGCCUCGCGCUUAGUGUAGCUGAGAGAGAGAAGACCAAGGUGCCUCAAGGCGAGGAGGUUGGUGGACAGCGGAUAUGAAGAACGUUCCAUAGACUGGUUCUAUGCCUUCCUCUUUCUCCUUCUGUGUAUGACUUGGAUUUCAUUUGGAUAAACUGACAGCUUCGCAGAGUGAAGAACUAGAAUAGAUUUGCCUGUGAAUCCGAGGCUGAGAAUCUCCUG